AUGUAUAUAUGUUUUAAAGGACCGAAAGAUAUUUUCUUCAAGUGCAAGCCUAUUAUAGGAUUGAAUGGGUGUUUCUUAAAGAAUUAUUAUGGUGGACAAAUAAUAGAAGCUAUUAGAAGGGACCUAAGUGAUCAAAUGUUGCGAAUAACAUAUGUUGUUGUAAAGAGUGAAGCAAAAUAUUCAUGGAACUGGUUUUUAAAAUUGUUGGCAAAUGAUUUAGAAGGUGUCAGGUUAUGCAAGACUUAUACAUUCAUCGGUAAUCACCAAAAGGGAUUGUUUCUAGCACUGGAGGAGUUUCUAAGGCAAUCCCUCAAAAUUGUGUAG